CAAGAGCCUAUUAUACGCGAACAAGGGACAUUUCUAUGCCUAAGAUCAGUGUUAAUGAAGGAGUGCCGCUCGAUCAACUGCCUUGUCUCUUGGAAUAUAGCCUCUGCAGCUACAAUCAAUCGAACAUCUGUAAAGGAAAUAAGACCAUCAAGAGUGUUGCGCCGCCAAAGAUUGGGGAGGUGUUGGUCAGAUCUCAUCCGCUAUCUCCGCUGCCUUGUCUGCUAUGUGCUGCCCCUCCUUCAUUGCUACCCGGGAUAUUGAAAGAAGCAUCGAUCGGAACGCCUAGCGCUUGCCCCUCUUCCUUCCGCUUUGCCACCUUGAUCUAGCCCUCUCGCUUGGCUGACAUCUUGACUGACACAUGGAACUAGAAGCUUCAAGUGCAACAUCCAUCUCAGUCAAACAUCUCUCUGUCAGCCUCCUGUGAUACGAGAAAGAAAGCGUCAUCGAGUAGUCUGUGUUUUCAUUAUGGGGCUUAGCAAGACCGAAGUGAACUUAAGAAGAUUGCUGGCUGCUGUUCCUCAGCAGCAAAAUCAGGCAAAGCUCAUGCAUUAUGUUGCAACUUUACGUGAGCAGCUGGAACAAUUGAUGGGAGAGAGUACAUUGGAAGGCUUUCCGAGUAUUUCAAAAGCUAAGAUUAAUGAUUAUUCCGAGAAGAUUGAAGCCAUUGCCACUAAGUUAGCUUCUGAUCCUCUGCCUGACACACUGAAUGCGGUCCAUGAAACUCCCGUUGAAGGAAGGCCUUUUAAAGCAGAGGAAGUCAAAAUGCAUGCAUCUGUUUCUCCUGGACUACGUAGGCGACUUGUGUCUCACAAGGAAGGGGAAGGCAGGACUCAAGAAAUUAGCGAGCGUGAGCCAGUUAAAUUGGAUGCAUCUGCACAAGAACACGUCGAAAAGCACAGAAAACUUCAAGAAGAUUUGACAGAUGAAAUGGUUGGCUUAGCCCGGCAGCUCAAGGAGAGCAGCCUUAUGAUGAGUCAGUCACUUCAUGAUACAGAGAAGAUCCUUGACUCAACGGAGAGGGCAGUGGAGCAAAGCCUUGCGAGCACAGGCCAAGCCAAUGCAAAAGCGAUGCAGGUUUAUUCUGAGAGCUUCAAGACAUCUUGCUUUACAUGGCUUUUGAUGUUUGGCAUGGCAUGCAUCUUCUUUUUUGUUGUUCUCCUGAUUCGUGUGACUUGAUUUGUGUCCUAGAACAUUUAGAAGUUCUUUUCUUAAGUUUUAAGCAAUGAGUUAAUUAUUUGAGUAAAUCUUUUCUUAAUUUUUGAGCAAUGAGUUACAUGUAAUGCUUUCUUUUGGAA